GGAAUUUCCCACUAGGUAUUUCCCAAGCAUGGAUUUCCAAGUUGAACUAAAAGUUAACAGAAACCUUUUAGAUCCAAAUUUUGACGGUUAUAAGCUGUCAUUGGAAGCACUUCCAACUUAUGAAGUCCCUCUGGAAAGCAAUUUAGAUGAGACCAAGUUGACUACUGACCAGUAUUCCUACCAACAUAUCAAGGCAUAUGGACUUCACAACCAUAUAUACGUGGACCAGCACAACACCUCUACUGUAUAUUUUGUUGAUGACAAAUGGAGGGUGAUGCGGCUAUGUGUGCAGCUGGAGAGCAGCUUUGACCCUCCAACUGUGAUAUUUGAAAUCCCAGAUGCAAGAGAUGUUAAACAGCAUGAGGACAGGUGUGAUUGCUCCAUCUAUCUGCCCUCUCCCGAACUAGCAGUGUUGUCUGAUGGGGCUGGCAAUAUUUACAUCUUAGAGACUGGAGACAGGGCGAGUUCCAUUGAAACCUGGAAGAUAAUUCACAAACACAACAUUAACACGGAUGAUGACUGUGACUAUGAUGACAUCACUUCCCCCAACACAGUGACACCUAUAGUGCUCCAGCAUGCCCUGUUAUAUAAGGAGGACACCCUACAGAAACUGGAACUGCUGUUAGUUGAAGUGAAACCAAACCCUACUGAAGAUGAUCAUAGAAAGCAGCCAUUUGUAACUGUUCUCAAGUGGCUUACACUGUCCUCAGGAGGCCAGGGUCACUGGUGGCUAGAGAGAACCAGAUACAUAGAGGGGUUCAGUGCUGCAGACUACAGCUGCGUGGACUACAAUGGGGCAGGUGUAUAUGUAGGUAGUGAGAAACCUUUCAAGAUGACAUAUGACUCCCUCCACCCUAUUGUAGAGAAGAAGCCUGACACAGAGCAACAUAUACCAGCCCCACCCCCAGCAUACACCUGGAGCCAGACAGAGGAGGAUGUGACCCUCACAUUUACCUUACCCCCAGGAACAAACAAACCUGAUGUAUAUUAUAAGCUGUCACGGGGACGUAUAGAGCUUGGAAUUAAAAAUGGGGAAGAGUUACUUGUUGGAGAUCUACAUGACGCUGUUGAUAUAGAUGGCAGCACAUGGACUCUUGAAGGACAGAGAUUGGAGGUGACCCUAGCUAAGUCAGAAGGUGUACAAUGGCCAGGGGUUGUACCAACAGAUAAGCGUGGUGAGAUGGUAUUCGACCCAGCUCAAGUGGCAGAGAUACAUGAACGUCUAGCACAUCUCACUUCCGACCAAUGGAACCCAGACCCUCAGCCAGGGAAAGAAAAAGCAUACAACUCAGAACAGCUAGAGGAUUGCGAUUCAUUCCCAGAGGAUAGUGCAUGUCUCCAAAGGAUAGAUGGAGAGAGCCAUGAAGUAUCUCAUCAGGCUAAUUUGGGAACACACCAAUGGCUCUUCCAGGCCUGGACACACCCCCUUCGCCUUCCAUCUCUGUGUCUCAGACAUGAUGUAGAUGGGUUACUAUGGCAACCCAAGGACAAAGUUGAGACUGGUGAAUCUCCAUGGAAACACACUGGUACAUUUAAUGCACUGGGUUAUGUCCAGGCAUCAAAGAGAGACAAGAAAUAUGUAGUUUGCUCCCCGAAUAUGUCAUACGCUGUAAUAUCGGAUUGUGUGCGUCAUAUUUACAUCUACCGUCAACCUACUUCUACCCUUUCCCCAUUGAGGAACCGUAAAACGGGACAGGAAGUUUCAACUGUUUCCAAGCAACAAAUGGUCAGCAUAGCGUCAACAGAGAAUAUACUUGGUCUCCAGGCAACCAACAAUCGUCUGUUUGUCUGCACAAAAUCAAAGAUGUACAUCAUUAAAGUACUCACUGAUGAGGAUUAA